AAAGAAAAUAUUCAUUACAAUAGAAUAUUAAAUGACUAUCAUAUUCAACAACAUAACAAUACUUGUCAAAAUUAAACAAUCUGCAAAUAAAAUUAAAUGCUUCUGGGAUUCCUUCUGGGACGAAGAAUAUAGAAAACAUAAAAUUUAAAUCAGAAAUUAAAAAAACGUGGGACGAAAAAACUGUGUGAAGAUGAGUAAGUUUCGUUUUUCGAUUGAUCGUGGAGGAACAUUUACUGAUGUCUAUGCUGAAUACGGGGAAAAGAUUAUUGUUAUGAAGUUGCUCUCAGAAGAUCCUGCUUAUCCUGAUGCUCCAACAGAGGCAAUUCGUAGAAUUUUAAGUGAAAAUUCUUCAAAGAUAAUCCCUGUAGAUGGUUUAGUUCCUACUGAUGAUAUUGAAUGGAUUCGCAUGGGCACAACGGUUGCUACAAAUGCUCUUCUGGAGCGUAAUGGAGAACGUAUGGCCCUUGUAAUAACAAAAGGUUUUAAAGAUCUUCUUUUUAUUGGUAACCAAGCUCGACCUAACAUUUUUGAUUUGAAAAUUGUAACGCCAGAUGUUCUAUAUGAAGAUGUUGUUGAAGUUUCUGAAAGAUUGGUCAUUCAUCAAGUAGAUUGUCAAAUAAAUGGGAAUCAUCCACUUCUUUACAAUGUAGACAAGUCACAGAUUGUUGAAGAAUGGGUAAAAGUGGAUGAAGAAGAUCUGCGUAAAAAUCUUCAGAUUCUUCUUGAUAAAGGUAUUAGAUGUCUUGCUGUUGUAUUAAUGCACAGUCAUAUUAACUCUGACCAUGAAAAAGAAGUUAAAAAGAUUGCUCAACAAAUGGGUUUUACUCAUAUCUCUUUGUCCUCAGAAGUUAUGGCAAUGGAAAAAAUAGUUUCUCGUGGAUUUACUGCAUGUGCUGAUGCCUAUCUUACGCCACAUAUCAAGAAGUAUGUUGAAAGUUUUUCUAAAGGUUUUCAAGAUCAUUUAAAAGAUGUUCCUGUGUUAUUCAUGCAAUCAAAUGGUGGUCUUACACCAGUUGAUCAAUUUAUUGGAAGUCGAGCUAUUUUAUCUGGUCCUGCUGGUGGAGUAGUUGGUUAUGCUUUGACUACAUACAAUGAGCAAACAAGACAACCUGUUAUAGGAUUUGAUAUGGGAGGUACCUCAACUGAUGUUUCCAGAUACGCUGGCAGUUUUGAAGUUAUUUUGGAGAAUGAAACCGCUGGCGUUAGUAUUCAAGCUCCUCAGCUUGACAUCAAUACUGUAGCUGCUGGAGGUGGUUCGAGAUUGUUCUUUAGGUGUGGUCGAUAUGAUGUGGGUCCUGAAUCUGCACGAGCACAUCCUGGGCCUGUUUGUUACAGAAAAAAUGGAUAUUUGGCAGUUACUGAUGCAAAUCUUGUUUUAGGAAGAAUUUUGCCGGAGUUUUUUCCACAUAUUUUUGGACCAGGUCAAAAUGAACCUUUGGACAGAGAAGGUGCUUACAGAGCUUUCCAAGAAUUAUCAAAAGAAAUCAAUGCAUUUGAUCCUUCUCACAACAAGUCUGUAGAAGAAAUAGCUAUGGGUUUUAUAACAAUUGCAGUUGAAGCCAUGUGCAAGCCAAUUCGUGUUUUAACUGAGGCUCGUGGUUAUGAUACAUCUAAACAUGUUCUAGCUUCAUUUGGCGGAGCUGGUGGUCAACAUGCUUGUGCUAUAGCGAAAGCUUUAGGAAUGUCAACCAUUUUUAUUCAUAAAUAUUCUGGUUUAUUAUCAGCUUAUGGUAUAGCUUUGGCAAAUGUUUCCUGUGAAAAGCAAGAAUCAACUGCUUACAUAUAUGAAAAAGCUAAUUUCCGUGCAAUCGAAGAAAGGAUUGAAGCUCUCUGCAAGCUAUGCGAGAAUGAUCUUGUUGCCCAUGGAUUCUCAAAGGAGAGCUUAGUUUUUGAACCACAACUUAAUAUGAAGUAUGUUGGAACAAGUGUAGCUAUUCUAGUUUCCACAGCUGAUCUUCAGGACUCUGGUAUCUGUGAUUUUAAAUAUGGCGAUUUUGAAGCAGCUUUUCUGAAGAGAUACAAAAGGGAAUUUGGUUUCACUAUUGAUGCAAAAUCAAUCAUAUUAGAUGACAUAAUUGUUAAAGGCACUGCAAAGUCUGAAGUUCCUCAGGCACAAGAAAUAGCAAGGGCUGAUAGUCCUCCAAAGAUUGAAAAGAUUGCUUCAUGUUACUUGGAUAAUAUGUUUAUUGAUACCAAAGUUUAUUUACUAAAUAAUCUUACAUAUGGUCACAAAGUAGAAGGACCUGCUAUUAUUAUAGACAAAAAUUGUACUAUUUUGGUUGAAUCAGACUGUGUUGCAAGUAUAACUAAAUAUGGUGAUAUUGAAAUUAAAGUUUCAACUGGAAAAAAUAAUAAAGUUGUUGGAACCACUCUUGACAGGAUCCAGUUGUCAAUUUUUUCUCAUCGUUUUAUGAGUACUGCAGAACAAAUGGGAAGAGUGUUGCAAAGAACUUCCUUGUCUACAAAUAUUAAGGAACGCUUAGAUUUUUCAUGCGCAAUGUUUGGUUCAGAUGGAGGACUUGUUGCUAACGCUCCUCACAUACCUGUUCAUCUUGGUGCUAUGCAAGAAACUAUUAAAUACCAGAUCAAAAUGCUUGGUGGUAGUUUAAAAGAAGGUGAUGUGCUGCUAAGCAACCAUCCAUCAGCUGGAGGAACUCAUCUUCCAGAUCUUACUGUCAUUACACCAGUAUUUUACAGUGGUGUUGAAAAACCAGUUUUUUUUGUUGCAUCUCGUGGUCAUCAUGCUGAUAUUGGUGGAACUACUCCUGGAUCAAUGCCACCAAACUCAAAGACAAUAUUUGAAGAAGGAGCUGUUUUUAAAAGCUUUAAGAUUGUCGAAAAUGGAGUUUUUCAAGAAGAAUCUCUAAAAGAAGCGCUUUUUGCCCCCAAACAGUAUCCUGGUUGUUCAGGUACACGAAAUCUUAAAGAUAAUAUUUCAGAUUUAAAAGCCCAGAUUGCUGCAAACAAUAAGGGUAUUCUUCUUAUAAAAAAUCUUAUCGAUGAGUAUGGUUUAGAUGUAGUCCAAGCUUAUAUGAGCUAUAUUCAGAAAAAUGCUGAAGAUGUUGUCAGAGAAAUGCUAAAGGAUAUUGCUUUGGCUACCAAGCUGAAGACUGGUAAAGCAGUUCUUGAAUCAUGUGACUACAUGGAUGAUGGAUCGCCUAUUAAUCUUACUGUUUCUAUUAACGAAGAGCAGGGUUCUGCAAAGUUUGACUUUACUGGAACUGGACCUCAGGUAUAUGGAAACUGCAAUGCUCCUCGUGCUGUUGCAUAUUCCGCUCUUAUUUAUUGCAUACGAUGUAUGAUUGGUAAAGAUAUACCUUUAAACCAGGGUUGCUUAGCACCAAUUGAUGUUGUUAUACCAGAGGGUUGCUUAAUCAAUCCACAUUCUGAUGCUGCUGUAGUAGGAGGAAAUGUUCUGACCAGUCAGCGACUUGUAGAUGUUAUUUUCAAAGCAUUUGAAACAUGCGCUGCUUCUCAGGGUUGCAUGAACAAUGUUACAUUUGGUGAUGGAAAUAGUGGCUAUUAUGAAACUGUGGCUGGUGGUGCUGGUGCUGGUCCAUCAUGGCAUGGUCGUAGUGGCAUUCAUACACAUAUGACAAACACAAGAAUCACCGACCCUGAAGUGCUAGAGAAGAGGUAUCCUGUGGUCUUAAAAAGUUUUUCAGUCCGCCUAGGAAGUGGUGGACGUGGUAAAUUCAAUGGUGGUGAUGGAAUAGUGAGAGAGCUGUUGUUUCGAAGAGAACAAACACUAUCUGUACUUACUGAAAGGCGAGCUCUUCAUCCUUAUGGUUUGAAAGGUGGCGAACCCGGUUCAAAAGGAUUGAACUUGUUAAUUUUAGCAGAUGGUUAUGUUAUAAACCUUGGUGCAAAAACAUCUGUACCUGUAAAAGCAGGAGACUUAUACCGCAUGCUUACACCAGGAGGCGGUGGUUUUGGCUUCCCUUCUGACAGUAUUGCAGAAACCCAAGAAAAGAAAAAAAUGCGAUAUGACGAACUUUCUUUUGGAAGUUUAAAUCGUUACAAGAUGAUACAGGACUCGGCUUGAUUGCUGUAUUUUAUUAUAGAACAUGAUUUUUAAAAUUUAAA